UCUACCUUCGUUUGUCAGUCGUUAGCAUAGCAACCGGAACAAACGUAGAAAGUAGUCGCUUUUUCAUGACGUGUCAUAAUCGACGCACGAGGAGUGUGGCAGCUACUUACAGAGAGCUAGUGCUGAAAUUCUGAAACAUGGGGAAACAGAAGACGAAAAAGUUUGCUGCAAUGAAAAGAAUGAUUAAUCUUCGGGAUCAAAGAAUAAAAGAAAAAGAUCGUGCUAAAACAAAAGAAAAGAAGAAAAAAGAUCCUUCAGAGCUUAAGGAGCGGGAAGUCACAAAGUAUCCAUCAUGUCUGUUCUUCCAGUACAACACUCAGCUUGGCCCACCGUAUCACGUUCUCGUUGAUACCAAUUUCAUCAACUUUUCCAUUAAGGCAAAGCUGGACAUCGUUCAGUCUAUGAUGGACUGCUUGUAUGCCAAAUGUAUACCCUACAUCACAGACUGUGUGAUGGCUGAGAUCGAAAAGCUUGGGAUGAAAUACAGAGUUGCUCUCAGGAUAGCCAAGGAUCCACGCUUUGAACGGUUGCCAUGCACACAUAAGGGAACCUAUGCUGAUGACUGCUUAGUCCAAAGGGUGACCCAGCACAAGUGUUACAUCCUGGCCACUGUGGACAGAGAUCUUAAGAGACGAGUCAGGAAGAUACCCGGGGUUCCCAUCAUGUACAUCUCAAAUCACAGGUAUAAUAUUGAAAGGAUGCCUGACGACUACGGUGCUCCAAGGUUUUAAUAUUUCUGUCAUGUGUACAUAGACUGAAGAUUCCUAUUGACUGUAGUUUCUCUUUAUGCUUAAUAAAAUUCAGAGGUCUUGAUGCUUAAACGA